AGAACAACCAUAAAAACCUCACAGUGCUAGUGGAAAAAGUAUGUGAACCCUUGAGUUAAUGACCUCAAAAAAAACUAAUUGCAGCCAGAUGUGACAUCAUUAUGUAAGUUGAAUAGAUUUGAGAGAUGAAAUAACAGCAAAGAAGAAAUGUGUUGGACCCGGAGAUGAAAGAUGAUUGGAUACAAAUACACUUUUGCAAAAGCCAUAAGUGAACAGACAACAGAAAACAAAGUAGAAAUGCACAAAGAAGCCAACCUAAGAAGAUAUACUGUAAAAUGUAAUAAAAAGAAUAAAUGUAAAGUAAAAACAUCAUAACAGCUGGUGCAUUGUGCUGAGGAUGCACACAUUUUGUUCACCUUGCCCUGGUAUAUUAUAAGUAUUGUCUUGUCACUCCUCAUCACUCUGAUGUCAUGCAGUGGUGGUUUCUGAGGCACAGAAGGUGGGAGUGAACACCUGUUUAUGUUCACAGUGCCUACCAGGAUGGUGUUCCUUACGAGGAGUUUAUGAACAAGGGGGAGCGAUGUAAAAAAGUUGUCUGUAGUGACGUUUCUCCCCUUACCUAAGUAAGGCCGCAUCAGGCUCAUCGCUACACUAUACUCAUUUUGUUUCUUGGUUGCCUAGCAGCGCCUAUUGUUAUUUAUGUGUGUGUGUGUGUAAGAAUGGGGGAAUGUGAGGUAUUACUAUGAAGUGUUUGAGCUGUGUAUCUGACUGGAUAUAUAAUUUAUAUAGCUAUACAAGUGCAGUCUAUUUACCAUUUUUGCAUUAGGAGUAAUGGAGGUCAAAAUGACCUCUUGGCGGUUCUAGGUAAAACCACUCUUUUUCGGUCACUCUUUUAUUCCAGAAUCCCCAAAACGCAUAAGAUGAUGUGUAACACACUUUUAGGAAAAGUCAUUGAGUGGGAGACGUGUUGUUUUUACUCAAACAAAGUUACAUGCAUUUUAAUAGUGAUGAGAGGUCAGAAUGACCUCUUGGCGGUUCUUGUGUUAAUAAAGCAUAGGUUUACUCCCCAAAUCCUCAUAUAUCAAAACUAUGAAGAGUCUGCAAUAACAUGAGUAAACCCUUGUAAUUUUAUUUCAAUGUCAUUAGAGAAAGUUGAGUUUUAGUCUUUUGAUUUAAGUACAAAUUCCUCAGUGGUGAGGAGGUUUAGUUUCUACAUGUUUUAUUCACAGAGCAUAGGGAUGCUCAUGAACCAGCCAAAACUAAAGAUGGCAGCAAUGAUUCAUCAAAAGGCUGAUAGUAGCAAGAGCAGAACGACAAAAUCAGUCUCGUAAAUGGGUCAAACACCCAUUUUAGUAUGGUGCCAUAGUGUAGCCUGUGCCUUCUGUCUGCAGGAUAAUGUGAAGCCUUUUUCCUAUUUUGGGCAAAACACUGACAAGUUUUUAUUUUCAUAUUAGUCUUAAUCUUUUUGUUUGCUCAGUGAUGGUAUAAAAGUAAUACUGAAUGAGUGGUAAUGAUUUAUGAGUACAAAUCCAUCUAAAUAGAAAACUAACAGACACACAGUGGUGGCUAAUGUACGAGUGCCACAGAAGCAGAGGUGUGGUGGACAGAUGUGAGAUAAGUCAGCAUGGCUUUCUUCUAACCAUGAAAGCACUCUCACCUGUUCUCAAGCUGCUAAUGGUACAGCUGCUUUAUCAGCAGGUGAACCUUUAGCUGCUAAGCAGACAAGAUAUUGGAGGAGUAGUGUAUGGUGGAUGCCAAACUACGGAGCCCAGCAGGAGUUAGAAAAUAUGUGAGAAUCUGUGUGCUAAAUUUAAUAAUCAUGUGUUUAAUCAUUUGCGAGCAGAAAACUGCAAAUGCCAAUACUUUAUACUGUAUUUUAAUAAUUUAUCAUUUAAUGCUAAUGACAGUUGCAUCUGCAGUCCAUUGAACAGCCAACAUGUCUUCUCUACCAUAUGACCACUACAGGGGGCGUUGUACCAGGCCAUGUGAGGAGCACUGGACCUGAACACAAACAGGUGUUUUGCAGCAGAACAACUUUAUAGGUUGGGGCUGUCAGCUUGUUUUGAGUUCUUCUCCCCCCAGUGGUCAAAAGAAUAAACGCAGCUUUAAAUUGAGAACGUCUGGCAGUAUUGUGUAGCUACUUUGAAGCUGCUGUGCAUGAGCAUGUAAACAUAGUGUAUCUUAUAAGUGUGUAGAAGUGGGCUUCAGAUGCAUUAUGAUGUCGAACUCCACUUUGACAAUAGAAGACAUCCCGGCUGUUGUUUUCUGGACCCCUGGUGUUCCUAAACAGUUAACUGUGAGUCGGAGGCUGACGACUUGUUUUGCUGUUGGCUGCCUCUGAAUCCUCCUCACGCGUGAGCGCGCCGCGGAAGGCGGAGGAGCGUGCCUUUCGGCCUUCGGGAAGGACUGAAGGUGACUGUCAUCUCGGCUGGGAUGCAGAGGGAGCUCCUGGGGAUCUAUCCGGUCCACUACACGGUCCUACUCCGGGGAAUAACCACUUUCUCUUGCGAGGGUUUCAGACACCAAUCAAACCUUCGACCCAGGAGCGUCUGAGCGGCUCGGUUUUUGUCCCCCUAUAGAGAACAGUAGGCUAUCUACUAGGAAGAAAACGGGGUAACGUUAAGCUACCUCCCGCUGUUUGUCUGCCUUUGGCUAUAGUCUCCAGUGGUGGAUGCGCAUGCAUGUGUUCUGCACCGUACGGGCGCAAAAGGCGCCCAAGAUCUGCAGGGAGCAUCUUUCCCAUCAAUAGGGGGGUGCAGACGGAGCCGGAGCGCAGGGAGAGCGCGGAGGGUGCUGUGGACGGCAGCAGGAUGACUGUGCAGGAAUUCAACACCCUGGUAGCGUUGUACCGGGAGCAGGUCAUAUCUGUCGGGGAGAUCUCCGCCGACUGUCCGUCUCUGCGGGCUCAGAUGCACCACACGCGGUCCAAAGGAUGCUCCAUGGCCCGGGCAGCGCACCGGGACCUCGCCGUUAUCUCUGUUACAGGUCCAGAGGACGGAGAGAUCCAUCCUGAGAUCUGUCGGCUCUUCAUCCAGCUGCAGUGUUGCUUGGAGAUGUUCAUAACAGAGAUGCUCAAAUCAAUGUGCCUGCUGGGGGUGCUGCAGCUUCACAGGAAAAGAACAGACUCGGAGCCGAAGGUGGACUUCAGGCUGGAUGAAAGUUCAGAUGUUCCCAUCCUGGAGGACCGAUCCUCCUCUCCCAUCGACUUCCCUCAGGAGCACUGGCUGGUGGGAACUGAUAUUGAAAACAUAGAGAGAGAUAUGCGGGAGAUGCGAAACUUACUCAGCAAACUCAGGGACACGAUGCCAUUGCCACUGAAAAACCAAGAUGACAGCAGCUUGUUGAAUCUGACUCCCCACCCACUGAUCAGACAGAGGAAGAGACGCUUCCCUGGACUCUGCUGCAUGGUGUCUGGCUGAGAUCCUGAGUCUGUUGUCUUUUUUGGGAUGUAUAUUUAUUAAUCUCAUUUCAUUCUAUUAGUAUUAUUUACAAUAUUUUUCCAUAUUAUCUGAAAUCUUAUAGCCUGUCCUUUCUGAUUCUCUAUCCUAGUUUUCUUUUUCAAUCAGAUAAUUACUCUCUCUGAUAGUUGCUCAUUUUCCCAAGUUCUGCUGCUCCCUGUCUUUAAGUUUGGGCAGUUUUAUUUUGUAAGGUUUUGAUCUGUGUUCAAGUUUGGUUAUUUUCAAAUGUGUUUUAAUAAGAAAUGUCUUUAAUAGACAGCAGAGAAACACUGUCCAGUGGAAAGAAGGAACAGUGUAUUGCAUUAGCCUGGUGGGCUAACAGUAAGUAAUAAUGCCGUGAUUCCCCUCAUAGCCUGUUUUUUGUUUCCUUAUUUCAUCCAAUAAAAUGAUAAAUGUAUAUAUUCAGGCAAUGCACAGGGAUGAUAACAUUUUCAGGUGUCUCGCUGUGCAUGUCUGAAUGUGUCACAGCAUAAGAUGGUUUAGUCCCAGCCACCUCCUGAUGUAUUCAUAUUUAUUUGUCACUCAAUAGAGAGUGGUGAGUCUCUGCUAACCUAUGUGCUGUGACACCAUGUAGACAAAGCAAGUCAUCUGCAGUAUUAUGGCGCGUACACAUAACUGGCUUCUUAAUUAGAACCUUCCACCCACUGUAGGAAAAAAGAUCUUUAAUUUAAUCAGUAGUGCUUAUGUAAAAUUCUUGUUAUGCCAGAUGAGAAAACGCUCUUUCAAAGCUCAUUAAUGUUGAGACAUCUUCAGCAUCUUUGUUUUUAACCCAAUAUUUUCAGUGAUUCAUGAUGUUCAUCAGAUAGUUCUCACUAAAGUUCUGGACAGAGGAUGGUUGCCAGUGGUUUUUGUGACUUUGUGAUAUUUUUGCUGGCAACACAUGAUCAUUUUCCAUUCACCAACACUGGGACCUUGAAAACUAUUGGCCCUUUGGUAUUUCUGUCAAUAUUCAUGAUCCCCAGAGGAUAAUCUCCUUUGAUUGUAACAACUCUCUGGACAUGUUUUACAUUUUUUUCUGUAAAGUCUGUAAGAAUUACAGCAUUAGUAAUGUCACGGUGAUGGGUAAACAAUGCUAAGCUUAUAGUGGAGAGAGAAAAAUAGUUGGAGAGUAUGAGACAGAAUCAUACUUUGUUAAUAAUAAAGCCAUAACAUUAAAAUAUAUUUAUUUUAAUUCUCUGUAGUAGAAAACUGAGGGCAUAAUCCUACCAGACCUAAUAGUAACAUUUGGCAUUUUUUAAAUCAAAAUAUAACAACUUUUUUCUCAAAAUUCUGACUUUCUUCUCAUGAAAUUAAUAUUAAUUUUCCAAUAACAUUCACCUGUAUACUGUUGUACAAAUAUCUAUUGGCAUGUUGUUAAUUAAUCAAAUCCUGUAUUUUAAUAGUCUGGGGUGUAAUGAUCAUUGCGGCCUCAAGGGGACACUAACAAGGCGCUUGUUUAAUAUGUGCAGCACAUCAUUAGCGGUCUUCCCAGGAAAAUAAAAUUUUUGACUUUCAGUUUCAGUUUUCCAUCACAAGGGCUUUGUAGAUGUUGCACAUACAGAACCUGCUACGAUAAAAAGCAAAGUGAAAUCCAACUGUAAGGUUCUUCAUCUGAAGCAUUUUAAUAGAGCCGUUUCCCAUCGAACAUUAGUGCGAUGUAGUUUGUAAAUUUGUGUUGUGAAGUUUUUCUUUAAUGUAACCUGAUGUGGUGAUGUCUAAAUUGCUCAUUUUUUGUUCUGGCAUGUAUAUGACUCAGACUAGGCCAUGUCUUGUGUCUUGCAAUGUAGGGAUUCCAUGGCUAAAACUACUGUAUGUACAGCUUAGGACAUUUUUAUAAUGUGA